AUGGGCCUCAUCGACAAGCUACAAGCCAAACUCGAGCUCUACCGUCUUGAACAGCGCUAUGCCCGUCGCAAGCACCGCAGCACCUUCUCCACGGGCGCGCAGUAUGUCGACGGCGAGUAUGUUUACUCCAAUGGCGCUAGCUCGCCAACCAGCACUGUCUCCAAACACUCCACAGGCAGCUGGCGCCCAUCAGGCUGGGGCAGCCAGACAUCGCGGUAG